CUAGUAUUCGCAGGUCUUUCACUCACAAUGCUAAACCACUCCACGUUAUAAAGGCCCCGCUCCUUCCUUUCUAUCAUAGAACAACCAGCGCCCGCGCAACCUAGAAAGAGGUCACAUAAAUGUCCUCGCAAGACACAUCCCACAAUGUCCAACCGAACGUCGCCACACAGGAGCAUCGAGAUCACAUCACCGUAGCUAUCGCUAGGACCCGCAAUCGCAUCCAGGAGCUCGAGCAGGUGCUACAGGCGGCCGAUGCAAAUACUCAGAGCGGAGGCCCUGGGAUAGCACCGCAUUCCCGCCGGCGUGCGGAAAUGGAUCUCGCUUCCCGUCGCCAGGUCUUGGAACAGCUUGAAGCUGAACAAGCGUCCUUCGAAUCAUCUCCCGCUGCGUCAUCCAAUACCGCUGCCUCUGUAGAGCCUUCGGCUUCAGAUGCGCUUCUGGAACGGCCAUCUGGUAUUCGUACGCGUAUCGCGCGUGUUCAAAACCAACUGACUGGCUACAUUGGGAACAAUGCUCCUGAUACGCAACAUUCGGGACGAGAACGACGCGCUCGCCCUCUCGGUUUCGGCUUUGCCGCCCUCAACCGGCUGAAUGAAUUGCAGGCUCGACUCCGGGCUUUUUCGAACGAGACAGCGGGCGCGUCAGAUGCGAAUCCGCGCGAGCUUCGAGAUCGCCCUGCUAUUUCGCGCCCUGCCACGCCUGAGAACCCUCCCGGUAGCAAUGGUGGCUCUCCACUCCACGAGCCCGACCGCUCUAAUAUCCGCGUCACAGUCGGUGGUGCUCCUCUCGUUCCGGAUCGUCUCCCGGCCUCGACUUCCGUUUCUACUACCGAUAGCGGAGACGAAGCGCAAGAAGUCGAAGCCGCUUUGGCGCGCCUCAAUGCUAUUGAGGAAUCCCGGCCAGUGCCGGCCCCUCGUCGGCCACGCCUUGGGGCUCUUCCUUCACCAUCACACAAUGAUGUACGGAGCUCACCCUUAUAUGGCCGCACGGUACAACGCGUUCGUGCACUCCAAGCCCAGCUACUGGAACUACGCCUAUCUGAGGAGAACCCGGCUGAGCGCGCGCGUAUUCGGGAAGAUCUUGAGUACCAUCUCCAGGUCCGGACGCACUUACGCCAGCUGGAACGUACGCCCCCGCCACGGCCUCGGGAGGCGCGCUCGAGGCCGCUUUCGCGAGCUCACAAUGCAGCUCCAACACAGCCUGCGCGAGCAAGCAAUGACGCUCCUCCGCAGCCGGUUCCGAUCAACUUCACGCUCAACUUGAAUCUCAAUUCGCUGCCGCAAAACGGUCAGAAUCUGGUGCGCUUGGAGCACCCCAGCGGCCGGAUGACGGUGAAUCUGGAUGGGGCCCGCGCAGCAUCUGCAGCUGGCGCUGAGGCCGGUGGACCGGCAGUUCCAGCAUCUUCUGAGCUGGGUGAGAUUAUUAAUGAGCUGGGUGCUAUUCUCAAUACAUAUUUUGAGCAGGAUAACGCAUCCGGGGAGUAA